ACAUUUCCUGAACCCCCAAAGUACCAAGCAAAAGGUUGCAAAAAGCCCAAUUGUUUUAGUUUGCUCUGUAUUUUACCCAGUUCUUCAUUUUAUUCCAAUGGCUCCUGUACCCAUUUCUUCAAUCAAGGUUGGUCACAUUGACGACGUUCAAGAGCUAAGAAAGACUCAACCAACAACAGUCCCGGACAGAUACGUCCGUGACAUGUCCGAGCGGCCGACACUCGAAGUGUCUUCGAGUGUCAGCCCUCAGUCUUCAUCCCUGCAUGUCCCUAUUAUUGAUCUAUCAAAACUGUUUGGUGGCAAUGAAGAAGAUCAAUCAACACAGACAGAAUUAUUGAAGCUCGCCUCUGCCUGUGAGGAAUGGGGCUUCUUUCAGGUUGUUAACCAUGGGAUAGACCUUGGCUUGCUAGAGAGUAUAGAGAAGAUAGCCAUGGAAUUCUUCAUGUUACCUUUGGGGGAGAAACAGAGGUACCCAAUGGCUCCAGGGACAGUUCAGGGAUAUGGUCACGCAUUCGUGUUCUCAGAGGAUCAAAAGCUGGACUGGUGCAACAUGUUAGCUCUAGGAGUUGAGCCUUACUACAUAAGAAACCCAAAACUUUGGCCAACAGAACCAGUUGAUUUCAGUGAAACUCUUGAGACAUACUCAACAAACAUAAGGAAGCUUUGUCAAAAUCUAUUGGGAUUCAUAGCCAUGAGUCUGGGAUUGAAGCAAGACAUGUUCAAUGAGAUGUUUGGGGUGGCUGUGCAAGCAGUGAGAAUGAAUUACUAUCCACCAUGCUCAAGGCCAGACCUUGUGCUGGGUCUGAGCCCUCACUCUGAUGGAAGUGCCCUUACAGUAUUGCAGCAAGGCAAAGGCAGUUCAGUGGGUCUUCAGAUCCUCAAGGACAACACUUGGGUGCCUGUUCAACCUGUCCCAAAUGCUCUUGUCAUCAACAUAGGUGACACCAUAGAAGUUCUCACUAAUGGCAAAUACAAAAGUGUCGAGCACAGAGCGGUGACGCACAAGGAGAAGGACCGCCUUUCCAUUGUGACAUUCUAUGCUCCAAGCUAUGAGAUCGAACUCGGCCCGCUGCCGGAAUUGGUGGACGAAAACAGACCCAGCAUGUAUAGAAGAUACAAUCAUGGAGAGUAUAGUCUCCACUAUGUCACUAACAAGCUGCAAGGCAAGAAGACUAUUGAUUUUGCCAAGAUUCAGAACAACAUAUCAUCUUAAGAUUGUAUUGUGUAUAGAUUAAUGGGUUACAAUCAAGUACUUCAGUUCCUCAACUAGUCUUUGUAAAAUGCAAAAUUGAAUAAAGCAAACCAAGUUGUUGUGAUGAACUUAAGAUCUUGAGAGUGGGUCUUUGAUGGGUGUUACUGUUCUAUGGACCCUUAAGUAGGGCCUAAUGUUUCAAAAAUCUUACUUCCCAUAAAAAUAAAAUGAGAAGCAUAGGAAAGUGAAGGAGAAUCAAGAAAAAAGAGAAAUCACUUUUUACUGUUAGAGCUUUGAGAUUCUUUAAAAAAACAGAAAGAAGCAAAGAAGCAAUCAUGAGAGGAAAUUCAACACAAGCACCACACCAUCAUUCUCUGAAAAUCAGUUAGAAGCUGGACACUAUCAUCUGUGUUCCAUUAUUCAUGGGAAGGUCUUUUAUAGUGGAGGAUCCAAAUUAUUUAUAUUUACAUAUAUUAUAUUGGAUGUUUCUGUUUUUA